AUGCGCCAUAAAAUCACUUCGAUUGGGUAUCUCGCUGAUGUGAGCUCUGUCGGGCUCGGUAUCGGCAUUUGCUCUAACCCUAUUGGAGUUGCCGACUGUAAUGCGGCCUCGGAACUGCCAUCUUCGGUCAUGCUCGGUUACGAUUGCUCUGGAGUGUUUGCGCAUGGUAUUCUGCGACCUGCCGCUGGUGUGAUCGUUGAACAGUGGGCGCGAAAUCUCAAAGUCGGGGAUAUCCUCACUCUCGGGUUAUACCGCGAUGAGCUGCAAGUAUGGGUGAACUGGAAAAUGGUUCAGUCCGAGACCCUGCGGACUGACCUCAUCGACGACCCUCAUCUGGUGGUUGAACUUGUAGGGGCUGUAGCAAGCGUCGGCCUUCACGAUCAUUACCAGAUCGGUGUCUCCGCACACAGGUUGAAACAAGGGUGA